CGGACGCAGUCGACCCUUGCGAGCGCCUCGGGAGCCGCGAAUGGGCACCUGGGAGAAGGGGCGGGGGCUGAGCCUAGCUGCCUGCUGCCGGCCAGGCCGGGGAUACGGACGUGCCCCUCGCAGCGCGCCCCCAGCCCGCCGGUCCCCUGACCCUGCGGCCACCUGGGGCGUGGGGAGGUUCCCCUGCCCGUGGACGGAGCCGCUGCGGGCGGAGGCCUCCUCCCCAGGUGCCUGCUGGUCACACUCCCGCGGGCUGGUGGGCGAAGGACGCCCGCAGGGACUCCACAGAGGAGAAAUUCAGACAGUUCCUGAGGGGAAUUUGACAAAGCUACAUACAUGCGCGUCCAGGACAGGAUGCACGCUCAGAGAAGAUGUGAGAAGACCACUGGCCACCUGUACGUUCAGUGCAAGCAGGAAUGAAAGCUAGAGCAGAAUUAUAAAUGGCGUGCUUAGCCAGGUGUGGGGGCGCACGCCUGUAAUCCCAGCUACUUGGGAGACAGGUGGGAGAAUCGCUUGAACCCAGGAAGCAGAAGUUGCAGUGAGCCAGGAUCGUACCACUGCACUCCAGCCCGGGCAACAGAAUGAGAAUUCGUCUCACAAGAAAAAAGGUAAGCUGCUAAUAAAGGAGAGACAGGAAUGUAUAAAUACAUACAUAUGUGCGUACAUACAUACGUACAUACAUACAUACACACAUACGUACGUACAUACAUACAUACAUAUAUAUGUGGCAUGCUUAAAUGUUAAGGGAAGCCAGGCCUGGUGGCUCAUGCCUGUAACCCCAGCACUUAGGUAGGCCAAGGUGGGCAGAUCACGAGGUCAGGAGUUCCAAACCAGCCUGGCCAACAUGGUGAAACCCCUUCUCUACUAAAAAUACAAAAAUUAGCUGGGCGUGAUGGUGCACACCUAUAGUCCCAGCUACUUGGGAGGCUGAGGCACUAGAAUCCCUUGAACUUGGGAGGUGGAAGUUGCAGUGAGCCAGGAUUGCACCACUGUACUCCAGCCUGGACAACAGAGCAAGACUCCAUCUCAAAAAAAAAAAAGUGUAUUUUAUUUUGCAUCAGUUAAUUCAAAAUUUUUUCAAAGACUACACUCACACAAAGCACAGAAGGCCACUCUCGGCACCGUGUCUCCAAGGCUGAGUUCUUCAGGGGAAACCCUGCAACCUGCAUCUCCUGGGUGCAUGCAAUAUGGAGAAGCACUUCUUUAAGAAAACCUCCGUACAAAAUUGCAGACCCCCAAAACAGAGAAGGGAGUGUCCUCCCAAGGGAAGCCAUCUGGGUCUCUCCAUGAGGAGAGCCUCCAGGGACCUGUAGAGGAGGUGGCACCGCUUAGCUGUCAGGAGCCUUGGGGCCACCAGCACUGUCCCCAGAAGCCACUAGGUGGUGUCUGAGAGCAGUGCUGGAGCAGGGAGGGGCUGGCCUGUGGGCUCCCUGCUGGCUGAAGGGAGCUGAGACCCUUACCUUGGUCCCUUCACCCCCUCUCUCUACAGUAAGCUGUUUGCUGAGCCUCCAGUGCAUCUCAAGUGGGAAAGGUCCAGAGAGCAGGUGUGAAGGAGGGACUCAGGAGCAGGAGGACCCAGCACUGGAAGAUACUGUCAAGCUGAGCCUUUUUUUUUUUUAAAGAUGGGGUUUCACCAUAUUGGUCAGGCUGGUCUCGAACUCCUGACCUCAGGUGGUCUGCCCACCUCAGCCUCCCAAAGUGCUGGGAUUACAGGCGUGAGCCACCUCACCCAGCAUGCUGAGCCUUUUUUGCAGAAUCCUAGAGCAGCCCCAGCAGCUCAGAGCAGCCGCUGCCUUGGCAGAGUGAUCACAGUCGGGGUCUCUCAGUGCCCCUGCACCCACCCCAGAGCACGCACACACCUGCUCCUGCCCCCAUUAUGCCCCGCAAUUGCUGUAUAUAACUUUGACUGCGAGUAUCACCUAGGUUUAUGCCUCUGUGACCUGGCACAAAUUUCUUAGCUGCCUCUCCCUCCAGCCAUAAAGUGGAGCGAUUAUCAUGGAGCCACCCAGCCAUGCUGGAGUUAGCUGCUUUCAACAAAUCAACACCUAUCCGGUGCUCAGAAAAAGAUGUGGCACCCAGGAGUUACUCAGUAUACUAGCACUAGCCAUCAUCACCACCAUCAUCAUUAUAUCAUCACCAUCGCCACACCACCACCCAUUACCAUCACCACUGCCACCAUCAUCACCACUACCAGCAUCAACCAUCACCACACCACAUCACCACCAUUACCCAUCACCACUACCCAUCACCAUCAUCACCAUCACCACACCGCCAUCCUCAUCACCAUCACCACCACUACCAGCAUCAACCAUCACCACACCACAUCACCACCAUCAUCAUUACAUCAUCACCAUCGCCAUACCACCAUCACCACCACCACUACCCAUCACCAUCAUCACCACACAACCAUCACCACCACCCAUCACCAUCACCUCUACCCAUCACCAUCACUACCAGCAUCAACUAUCACCACUACCACCCAUCACCAUCACCACCACUACCAGCAUCAACCAUCACCACAAGACAUCACCACCACUACACAUCACCAUCACCACCACGAUUACCAUCAUCACCAUCACCACUACCCAUCACCACCACCACCACCAUCAUCACCACCAUCACCAUCACCACCACCAUUGCCACCACCAUCAUUGUCAUUGUUUCUAUGCCCAAGAUCACAAGGCUAGGUCUGGAUUUGAGGCUGUUGGCUCAGGAGGCCACACUGUAGCCACCCUGAUCUCACGCAGGCACCUAUCAGGCUGCCCAGGCAGGUGUCUGUGCACAACAGCCCUGCUCCACUCUCCAGCUCUCCGCAGGCUCACCUCACAGGCAGGUAACCUGACCUUCUCAGACGUGUGGUAGUGCAGCCUGUGAGAGGAGCCUCCCUUCUCCUUCCCAGAGCAUCUGUUUCUGGGCCAAGCAGGACCCAGGCCAGCCCCAAAUGCAUUGUGCGUAGAAGGGAAUAAGCCCACAACAAGGAAAUCCUCCUUCCAGGCCAGAGAGGUGGGUGUCCUGGUGAGUGGCAGGUCAGGGCCUGGGAUAGGCCUUCUCCUGCAGCUAGCCUGACACUGAGCUAGCUAUAGCCACCGGCCCCUACACCUGCCCCAGGCAGAAUCUGCCUGGGUGAAGGCUACAACAGCCAGCGUCAGAGUGGGAUUCAUGGGGUGUGGGGAAAACAUGGACCUGGUCCUGAGCUGUGGGGGGAUUCCUGGGGCACCGCCUCCUUAGCCAUGACUCCGGGCAUCCUCCGGUCUUGGAGAGACAGAGGGAGUAACAGCCCCGCCUCAGGCUUGCAGAUGCUCCAGUGAGGUCACCAACACUAGGGGCAGGCCCAGCUACCCAGGAGCCCUGGAGACUGUCACCGCAUUUGUCACAGGGAGUGCUGGGCCAGUGUGCCUUCCCAUUUUGUGCCAUUCAGUUUUACUUUAAUUCCCUUUACUAUUUUGUUGUUUGAAUUUAUUGUAUUAGAUGAGGCUUUAGAAUUUUUUCACUGAGGGAAGAGCCUACCCACGAGGAAGUGCCCAGAUCGGCUGUGAUCAUGGCUGGCACUGGGUCAGAGCCUGGGGGCCCAGGGCACCUUCCGCAUUCCACUCCCUGGAGGUUCCUCAUGCCCCUUUCCAGGACAUGGUGAAGACGGGCAGAGGGGCUGAGCUGGCCAGGCCUGUGCACUGGGUCCCACCAUGAGUCCCCUGGAUUACAGGCCAACCCAGCAGAGACACGGAGAAGUUGGAAACACCCACGCAUGUCCCGUCCUCUGUCCCAACACCUCCUGGGGGCUGGCCAAAGUCUGAGCCAAAUGAGGCACUUCCAUCCCAGUGGACACGCCGAGGGCUCCCACACUGGCCGGGCACCAGGCCAGCUCAGCCAGCUGGUUCAAAGAGAGGAAGCUGAAGGGGAAACCGGAAGCAAAGCCCACUCGGCCUCCAGGACCAGGCCCGCCUUGGGCAGAGGCUGGCGUCCAUCCCCACCUGGGACCCGUGGGCCUGUGUCCUGAGCUGGGCCCAGGCUGACCUCUGACCCCAGCAUAGGCCAAGCCCCAGUCUAGGCUCCAGGCCAAAUUCCCACCCCAGACCCCAGGCCUCAGCAUUCCAGACCCCAGGCCCCAGCAUUCCAGAGCCAGGCAGCACCCUAAUUAAGGCAGAGACCCAGAAACCAGACAGGCCUGUUUCUGGUGCCACCUCCACACACACCAGUCCGUCUCCUCUCUAAGCCACAGCUUCCCCAUCUGGAGGCAGAAUCUUUUCUCCUUAACCCUGGGUGGAGGUGAGGAUUCAUUAGGAAAGGGGCUGCCAGGGACCUCAUGAGGGGUACACUAUGCAGAGGCAGGGGGUGCGAAUAGACACAGAGAUAUAGUAAUUUGACUGCGUUCACUUUUGUCACUGUUUUCCCAAUGAAAAUGGGCCUCCUUGCUGGGGCGGUGGCUCACGCCUGCAAUCCCUGCACUUUGGGAGGCUGAGGAGGGCAGAUCACGAGGUCAGCCUGACCAACAAGGUGAAACCCCAUCUCUAUUAAAAAUACAAAACUUAGCCAGGCAUGGUGGUGCACACCUGAAGUCCCAGCUACUCAGGAGGCCAAGCCAGGGGAAUCACUUGAUCCCGGAAGGUGGAGGUUGCAGUGAGCCAAGAUUGUGCCACUGUACUCCAGCCUGGGCAACAGAGUGAGACUCUGUCUCAAAAAAAAAAACAAAAGGAAAAGGAAAUGGGCCUCCUCUGCCUGCCUGUCUAUCCAAGAAGGGGCCUGGGACUGGCUUUCCAGGGCCCAGCUCCUCCUGCCCUUGGAGAACCGUCCAGAAUGUCUAAGCCAGCAAGCAGGCGGACAGACACAGGGCUCCACGGAGCAGGGUCUCCAGCGCCAGGGCCAGACCGCAGGGCCAGGAGAGCCUCGUCAGAAGGCUCCGUCCUUCCACCUGUGACUGUGGCCUGAGAGGAGUCACCGUCCGGGAAGCCCACGGGGUUCCUGACCAGCAGCCAGGCACCUGUGGGGCCCUGCGGAGACCCCAUGGCAGCCCUCUGGGAAGGACAGUUAUCAGACCAUUGACAGAGCAGGGACUGAGGCCAAGAGGGGAUGGAGUCGCUUCCCCGGGAGUGAAGACUGGAGGGCCAGGUGUGCCCAGUGGGAAUGGCAGGAUUUCGGGCAUAGCACGUUCAGAGACAGCAGUGUGGGGCCCUCAUUUCUCCAGCCCUGGUGGUGCCCAGCCAGGAACCUCGGACCCCUGCUCCGCCCCCAUCUCCCCCAGCACAGUGCAGCCUUACUGAGCCCCAGACCAACCCUGCAUGCCAGCACCGCAGGAAGCAGCCCAGAGGAGAGGCUUUGUUACGUCUUGAAAGCCUCCACAGAAAGUGACAGAAUCCACAUUCCUGCCCCAGGUGAGUCGCCCAGGCUUGUCCUGCUCAGCCUGGCCCUCCCAGCUCCUCAAGGCUCCAGCCCGGCCCAGCUCUGGGCCCGGCUGGAGCUCCCAGGCCCUGGAACGACCUUCGGGAGCCAACACGCCCCCGAGGGGCAGCAAGAGGCCCCCAUCUGCUGGGACUUCCGCAGGUGGUACCGCAGGGUCUGAGGUUGCCCUGGGCUCUGGGCCAAGGUGGAUUGAACCUGAGGCAGCCCUGUGAGGAGACCUCAGAGAGGGGAUGGGGUUGCACUUCCUGCCCAGCCGCUGUGUGCCACGAAGGACUCUCAACCCGCCAUGCUAGUGGGAGGCACCCAGCAGUCGGCAGGGCCCUGGAGGGCUCUUGCCAAGAAACUGGCACCCGGCCUGGGAGGCGGGCAGAGCCUCGGCCCCCACCUCCCUCCCACAGCACCACCACCUCUCAGAGCUUGGGGCCUCUGCCUCAGGGGGUGCUUUGCCCACUCCCCUCGGGGCCUCACAGCCACCCAGCAGGGAGGGACCAUUGUCCCCACCCAACACUCAAAGCCCUAAGACUCUCCCAGGCUCCCAGCUAGGGACCCACUGAGCUGAGAUUGGGCAAAGAAUGGACCAGGCCUGCCAGCUCCCCCACUAUCCUGGCCAGGACACAGGGCAGUCCCUGCCUGGCCGCUGUCCCCAGCUUCAGGGAGCCUGCAUUGGGAGUCAGAAACCCUCUCUGAGCUCCAAGUCUGCAUUACAAGGCUACAUGAGCACCUGCCAUUGAUUCAUUCAUUCCCCAAACAGGGAAGCCACGUCCUCAUAAACCCAUGGUACGUUAGGAACACCCACAGCUGAAACGCCACACUUAACUCACAGAGUCGCAGCUGAGCCCUGCCUGCCUUGCACACACUCAGCACACGCACAUUAGCCUACAGCGGGCGAAAUCACCGCACAUGAGCCUCCUUUAUAACAAUGCAGUGAACCGCUCCAACGCCCUACGAGAGAGAGCAGAUUGGCUCUGUUGGGCACUUGAAGUGCGGUUUCUAUGCAACAAUUGCAAAUCAGAAGUCGGGGACCACCGAGCACAGAGUACCCACCGUGUCCAAGCCGGUGGUGGGUACAGGGGCCCCUUGGUGCAUGGAACAGACAGCCCUGUCCCCAGGGGCUUGCAGCCUGGGGUGGGGGACAACUGGCAUCCCAGGAGGGUCUAGGGCAGGGUCUCACCAGGAGAGCACCCCCCUGGACAUGCAGCCCCUCAGAAGACGUUGUUGGUUGUCCCAGCUGGAGGGCAGGUGUCUCUGGCCUCUGCAAAGUGGGGGCCCAGCUGCUGCUCAGACUCAGGGCAGUGUCCAGCCAGCCUGUCCACCUGGCGCCUAUCCCAGGCUCUGAAGGGCCAUGGCCCAGAUGAAGGGGCUCCAGGGGCAGAUGGCCAGGGAAGGCCUCUCUGCAUUAGUGACUUCCACAGAGUGAGCGAAACUGACAGCCUCGUCCCUCUGCAGGUCCCCAAGGCCUGGGGAGAGGAGACUCUGAGAGCGCUGCCGCCUGGGGCAGGCAGAGGCAGGCAGGUCCCAAGGGAGCAGCCGCGCCCGCCGGGUGCCAGGCCUGGGGAAUUCCAGGAGGCGGAGGACUCAGAAGCUCUCCAGGCUCCCAGAUCCCAGCACCCCGGCCGCAUUCCUCCACCUGGGUGGGCAGGCAUGCGGGGGCUCAGCGCAUUCCUGCUGGGGAUAGGGGCCGGGGAGCCCUGUCCAGGCUCUGCUGAGCUCUUGGCUACUGGAGUGGACCCAGAGCCCUGCCACGGUGGCUCCAGUCGGCCUCUGCUGGAGCGAGAGGAAGGUAGCCUUUGCCUUUCGGGGUGGGGAGGAGCCAUUUGCGGAUAAGGCAGGGAUUCACCAGCCCCAGGACAGGGCGGGCUGGGUGGGCAGGACACAAACACUUCCAACCGGAGCCUCCCAUCUGUAAAAUGCAGAUAACAAGGGGGUCAGGUUGGGGCUCACGCCUGUAAUGCCAGCACUUUGAAGGGCCGAGGCAGGCGGAUCACUUGAGGUCAGGAAUUCCAGACCAGCCUGGCCAACAUGGUAAAACCUUGUCUCUACUAAAAAUAAGAAAAUUAGCCGGGCGUGGUGGUGCACCUGUAAUCCCAGCUACUCAGGAGGCUGAGGCAGGAGAAUCGCUCCAACCCGGGAGGCAGAGGUUACAGUGAGCUGAGAUUGCGCCACUGCACUUCAGCCUGGGCGACCAGAGCAAAACUCUGUCUCAAAAAAAAAAAAAAAAAAAUACAAGAGCAGGUUCCUAUCAGGAAAUCAGAGCCAGCCCAGCACCUGGCCUGAAGGCAGCUCCGAGGGCCACCUGGGCUUCCUGCACAGAGGUGGGAGGGAGGUACAGGGGGCCCAAGUCAGGAAAACACAACCCCACAUGUUCAGGGGUCUGGAGGCAGGGGCUGCGCCUCUGACCUGAGGCUGCACAGCGAGCCCUUGGUGGAGCCGAGAGCAGGCAGUGGGCAACUGGGCUGGCCUCCAGGAGGCUCUACCACAGCAGUUUUCUGCCCGCCAUCCCCACUGCCACUCCCUGGGUUCUGAGAGGAAGCCCCGCAGAAGGCCAUGCAUAGACCCCCGACCUGGCUGCCCGGGGUCGUCCAGGUCCCUUGCAAGAAGGAGCCUGGGCUCCCAGUGGACCCCAGCACCAUCUGUGGUCAGCAGAGCCUUCCAAGUCUCCAUGUGUUUACAUUCCCCCAGGAAAUAGUUCCCCAGAAGAGCUGCAAAUAUUUUCUUAAUGUUGGACCUUGUGACAAACAGAGGCAUGGAGCUGGCCCACCCACCACCUUGCCCCUCCACGCAUGGGGGGCCCAGUGGGAUCCUGGAGUUACCUCCUCACCUGGCCCACCCCUUCCCCAUCCUGGCAGGAGGCAGGUGCUGAGCAGGCAUGUGGGGGUCCAGCUGGGGCAUCUUCCUGGCAGAGCCUGGGCAGCCAGCCCAGGGCAUUCGGUGGCACUACCCUCCUCCCACCUUUCAGCAAUCCUUUUGUGAAACUGGGGUGACAGUAGGUGGAGGUGACUGAGGCGUUGCUUAGCGGUGUGAAUCACUGGAGACCCUAGGGGAUGGGGUCAGGCCCUGGACCUGCAAAGUAACUCAGGCUCCUGGCAGACCAGGCCGAAGACGGAGGCAGCAGAGGGCCGUGACUCCUGCUCCUCAGAGCCCCUCCGUGUCUCCCACUCCAGGCUGUCAGUAUUUAGGGCUGGAUGUCCUGGGUUUCUGAUGGCCCUGAACACCAGCCCAUGCCUCUCUGUGCAGGGGCACAGGUCCAGCUGGCAUUGGCAGGCUGUGGCCCACGGGCCCACCUCUACUGAUCUCCACCUGAAGACCCCCAGGCACCUGCCCACCCUAACAGGCCUCUGCAGGCCCACUCAGCACCCACACCCUCCCUGGCUGUUGGUCUCAGCCCAGCAGAGCCUCCCUCUCCCUCCCCACACUGGUGAGGGGGCUGGCCAUGCACAUGCCGGGCCUCCAGUCCCUGGGCAGCCCUCCAAGAGUCCACCUGUCCAGAGUGCCGUUACUGUUCAUGGCUGAUGUCCACUGUGUGGAUGGACCACGUUUCUCUCCCCUGUUGACCCUGGAUGGCCAUUGGGGCUGUUUCUGCCGGAUGGGUCUCAUGCCUGGGCACUGCCAUGAAUGUUAACCCCUAAGUGUGCGGGCACCUAUUUACGCUUCUCUCUGCAGCUACCAGGUGUGGAGCUGCUGGGCCAAGUGCAAGUCUGUUCCAUCAUUUGAGGCACCACCAGCCGGUGUCCUGGCAGCUCUUGCACAGGGGUCCUGGUCCCUGCAGGGUCCAGCCCACAGUUGCAAUUGUCUGACUUCCUGAUUCUGUCGGUGGCUGCAGAGUGAGGACCACGGUGUGGACGGACAUGGGUCUGUGGGCAGUGGGAAGGUGAUGGGAGGGGGUGAUCAGACGUUCGGCCACCAUCGUCCAGCAGCCUAGUGCUCGGCUCAGACACCGCAGUGAGCACAUGGAGCUGUCCCUGCCUUGUGGGCUGCGUGUGGGGGCCUGAUGUGGGCCAGGACAUCUCAUCCUGGACGCCUAAGGCCAUGCUGCACUGUCCUCUGUAAGCUGGGGGCACCAAUGUGCCUCCCGGGAGGAGGGCACAAGGACAGAGGGGCCAGCUGCAUCGUGGACAGCACUUUCAGUGUGGAGGUGCUUAGCCCAAGCUGCGGCGCCCAGGAUCCUGGUUAACUGCAAAAUCUGGACCAGCUCCUGGGUAGGAACUGUGGCCUGCUGUGUCCCUGCUAUGGCACCAGUCCCUAGAGUGGACCCAGCGUCACUCUCCAUCCAAUCAAAUUAAGUUACUGAGGCUCACAUCUAUAAUUCCUAAGACCUUCGGCUGAGCUUGGCAGGUCUAGGGCAGUAGCAGGAGUCUCACAGAGAGAGCGAGAGAGAGACAAAGAGAGAUAGAAGGACACACAGAGAGAUACACAAACACAGAGAGAGAAACAGAGAUGGAGAGACAGAGAUCAAGACAGAGAGAUACAGAUAGAGACAGGAAUGGAGACAAGCAGAAACAGGGAGAAACAAAGUAGAGACACAGAGAGAGACAGAGAAACAGAGACAGAGAGCGGUGGAGAAUGAGAAGCCUGAGGGACAGUCAGGAGAGGGAGGAGUGGGAGGGAGCAUCUCCCUCUGCCCCAGUUGCCCUGGCUGGCCAAGGCACACAGCAGGGGCCGCUGGGCACCAUCAGGGCGCAGGUGGAGGGGAUGAAGCCCUGUGGGCAUUCAUGUGAUUGGAGGCAGCUGACUGUGGGGCCUGGGGGGACAAGGGGAGCCCUUUGCCCUGAGGAGGGGCCUUUGCAAGCUGGAGGUUCCCUUCCACAUGGGACUUCCCCCAUCCUGCUGCCAGAUGUCCCAAGGUGGGGGAGGGGCUCUCAGCCCAGGAGGCCAAGGUCAUGGGAGACAGCUGAGGGUGGGCUCCUGGGCCUGGGGGCCCUGGCCCCACCCAGGGCACAGUCCCAGGUCCCUGCCUGGGCUCUGGCUCUGCCCACUGGGCCCUCCUGGGAAGUCAGAUUCCUCCUGGGCUUCGAGGCCUUCUGGCCAUAUAAGGCUGUCUUUGGGCACCUCCUGGAGAAGCUCAGAGCCGUCACCACCCCACCCUGUAUGAGAACCAGAGCUCCACCAGGCAAGAACAGAGCCUGGGGAGGGCCCGCUGGAGCCACGGUCCUGCAGGGGAGGGGAGGAGGGCACAGGCAGGCCAGGACACAGGGGCUGGGGCUCAGGGUCCCUAGCCACCCCACCCAGCAUGCUGGAGCACCCCCAUUCCACCUGUCUCUCUGGGGGUCGGUCUCCGGGGCUCCCUAGAGCUGCCCAGUCUAAGCCCAAAGCAGGCAAGUAGUAAGAACAGGGGUCAGGGGUGAGGGUGGGGCCCGCAGGUAAAUAAGAUUAAGGUGACACCUGGAAACAUAGGUGCCUGGCGUGGGGAUGGAUGCUGCAGCCCUGUGCCACUGCACGUUUACCCUGGGUGAUGCCUUUUCUGGGGCUCCCCACAGAUUUGGGGACAGGAGUCCUGGUACCCGCCUCAUACCCCAGCAAGGUGCUGCGAGGUGCCCUGAUGGGGCCCCACUUGAGGGACGGGGCGGGCUAGGGUCCUAGGAGCAGCCUUCUUACUGGACCGGCCCCUUCCCUGCCAAGCUGUAGGUGGUUAGAUCCCAGGGAGGUCCGGGCCCCCUCCCUGAGAGUUCCCAGGGCCCCCUACCCCUUCCCUCUUGAGUUUGGCAGGGUGGAGGCUCCCCUGCACGCAGCUACACAUGCCAAAGCUGGGGUGGGGGCGCCCGGGUGUGGUCCUGGGCUCUGGACUUGCGGUUGUCAAGCAGACCACCCCACAGAGCUCCAUGAAGCGCUCCCCCAUUUCUAAGCACCCCAGGGUUUGUGUUCUUGUCAUGGGGGCAGGUGCUUCUCCCUGCCACUUGGGAAGAAAAGGAGAUGGAUGGUCGAGAGGAGCCUUGGGGACUAUCUGUGGAGAGCCCAGGACCUGGGAUGCUGACCCUCUCCAGGUCCCCCACACCUGGGCAGCCCCUAAGCCUGCCUGACCCCCUCUCGCAUGGGGGCCCACCUCACACCCCCCAUGUGGGAACCCAGUGGUGGCCCGUGGGUCAGGCCUGCAGGGGCCACAGGGAGUGGGUGGGCACUCGGCCUGCACAGGCAGUUUGUCCCCAGGAGCCCUAAGAUGGUGGCCAUGCUCCUGGCCUGGAAGGCUCUGAAGAGCCCCAAGUCUCUGGAGGGGCUGUGUGGCCCAUGAGCUGGGCACACACUGCAAGUGGCAGAGGGGCCUGGGCCAGGCGGCUGGGGGACAGAAUCCUCCAUUCCUGGUUAGUGCCAGCCCACAGCCUGGCCUCUGUGCAUUCCAACCACGUGCCCCAGAUCUCAUCAGGGGCCCAGCUGGGGCCACAGCAGGGAGGAAAAAGCACCACUUCUUCCAAACAGGCUGUUUCCAGAUCCUCCCUAGGCCAGAAUUGCCCAAGUCUCCCUUAGCUGCAUCCUUCUGGCAGCAGGAGCCUGUGGAUCCUGUGGACUGGAGACAGCGGCAGCCCUUCAGGGAAUGCAGGCUCCAGGCCUGGGGCGGGUUCAGGCUGUGUGGCUCAGGGCCUCCUGGGGCCCAGCCUCCAUUCCUUUGAGGCCGGCCCCCAGCAGGUCUGGGCUGGCUCUCACAGCAGUCUGUCCCCACAGUGGGGGGCCUCCUGGACCAAGCAAUGGCCAAGAGAAGCUCUCCUAGCCCUGCUGGGUUUGUGCAGUCCUGAUGAGACCCGGUCCUGCCAGCACCUGCUGGGUGUGUCCUGCUCCCAGGGCCUGAGCCGGACCAACAGUUCAGUUCCCACUUCUUUAUCUCAUGGACAGGGAAGGAGGUUCUUCCCGGCUGGCUCCCUGGAAGGGCAUCCGAGCAGUCCUGAGAAAGCGACCGUGGCCUCCAACAUCCCAAACCACGGUGCUGGCGUUCUUCCAAACCCUAACCCGGCUCAGCAACAUUCACAGUUCUGGAGUGGGAGCCACAGGCCUCACCCGCAGGCCCGGCCCGAGCAGGCCAGCCUCCAGCCUGCCUUCCCUCGAAGGCCUGUGCAGCCCAGGUUCCUCCUGGGGGCUUCUCCCAGGGUGCAGCACCCACUUGGACCCUGGGGCAGGGCCAGCAGAAACGCUGGGCUCUGGUAUGGGAGGAUCUGCAGUCAUCUGUCACCAGACUGUGGCCGCCCAUGACGCAGCUGAGAGUGGGUGCGGGACACCCCUUGUCCUCAGCACAGCUGUGUCCCAGGAGGCUCCUGAGGUCAGGAGUUCACGGCUGAGUCACAUGUGCCUAUGGCCUGGCCCUCGGGGUCCCCCACAACUGCCUGCAGGUGUGGCCGAGCAGGGUGGGGGCACUUGUAGGAACCCGGCUAGAGUAGCGCUGCGGGCUCAGGUGAGGGGGCUGCCCCCAGGGCUUCUCAGCAGGCCUUGUCUGAGGGCUGAGGGAGGAUCUGAGACCCCUUCUCCAGGACCAGGAGUGCCCCUACUUCUCUUGGCUGCACUGAUCCCUCCCCAAAACCCACCUCUUCUGGGGCUCUGUCCCCCUGGAGUUGGGCAGGGGUUCUGGGUCUUGGAUUGUUCCCGGAGGGCAGUCAGAGCCUGGUGGGACACAGCUUCUCCCUGCCCUGCCCCUGGCAAGCUGCCUCCUUUAACCCUCCCCUCCGCUCCCACACUGGGUAACUCCCUCCGUGGAUUCAGGAUAGAACAUGUGUGUGGUGGUGGGGGAGCCUCCCAAGUAGCUGGGUUCUGUCUGACCUGCUGUGGGGAUGACUACGUAGGGGCUAGUGGCCAAAAGAUGCCCAGUAAAUGUAGGGAUAAGGAAUGAAUGACUGGGCCAGGCGUGGUGGCUCACGCCUAUAACCCUGGCACUUUGGGAGGCCGAGGCAGGUGGAUCACCUGAGGUUGAAAGUUCGAGACCAGUCUGGCCAAUAUGGGGAACCCCUUCUCUACUAAAAAUACAAAAUCAGCUGGGAGUGAUGGCAUGUGCCUGUAGUCCCAGCUACUUGGGAAGCUGAGGCAGGAGAAUCACUUGAACCCGGGAGGCAGAGGUUGCGGUGGGCUGAGAUCGCACCACUGCACUCCAGCCUGGGCAACAGAGUGAGACUCCAUCUCUUUUCUUUU